AUGUCCGGCAAAUUCGCUCUUCUUCACCGACCCCGGAUUACCUCCACACGGAGAUGCCCUGCGGGUGGAAUCUUCCAUUACUCCAGCAGCAAGUCGCUUAGAUAUGAGGAACAGUCAAACUUCCUUGGUAAUUUCUUCGAGAGAAACAGCCCGCCUGAGAGGACAGCCGAUUAUUUUUCCUCCAUUGAGUGGACCCGCAAGGUCAUCGAGAACAAAGAUUACGAUAUAGUCCCAUUCUUCCCUCGGCACUUCAACAAACACACCGGAGAAAAUCGCUUCUUCGGCCAGACUGUCAACACCGAUUCUACAAUCCCUCACGUCUUGUCACUCCGACUGAGAGACAUCCAAGCACCGCGCUCCGGCCGUCUACAUGGGCUGAAUCCUCGGCAUAAGCUCAGAACCCAGCCAGAUGCGAUCUGCCUGAUGUCUUUGGGUCAUGCUCUUGAAGAGCACCCUACCAUUACUCACGGCGGCUUCCAGGCGGUCCUCUUUGAUGAGAUCAUGCGGUUCGUGGUCUUGUUGCAUCAUCAUCAGACAUGUCAGCCGGGACCGAGGGAUAAGCACUACACGGCGAACAUGUCGCUGUGCUAUCACGCACCGGUGUUUGCACCAAGCGAUAUCCUUCUUCGAUCACGGCUGAUCCGGCGAGAGAGACGGAAAUGGUUCACCGAGGCAGAGAUUGUCGAUGGUGCCGGCACGGUCUUGACCACGGCGGAGAGUAUAACAUUGAAAAUUUUCAUGUACUUCAUCAGGGGAACUCAUAAAAUGGCAAACUCAAAAUACGAAUAUGUCAAAGCAUUCGAACAGCCGGAUAUCCUGCUACCCAACACUUGGAUCGUGGUGCGGAUAGACGGCAGAGGCUUUCACAAACUCACCGAUCGUUAUGGCUUUAAGAAACCCAACGACCGUCGGGCGUUGGAUCUGAUGAAUGCUGCUGCUGUGAAGGUCAUGAAGGACCUGCCAGAUAUAUGCAUUGCAUACGGCAUAAGCGAUGAAUAUAGGAAACUGGUCACCACCAUCGUAUCCACAUUCACGGCACAUUAUGUCUACCAGUGGGGGACGUAUUUCCCUGAUACUCCCCUCCAACCACCGCAUCUGCCUUCGUUCGAUGGAAGGGCAGUUGUCUAUCCCAAUACGCGAAUCUUCCGCGAUUAUAUGAGUUGGAGACAGGUUGAUUGUAAGUAUCUUACCCUGUUGUCUGAUCAGGUUACUCAUGCGAGAAAGGCCACAUCAACAAUCUCUACAACACCACCUUCUGGACCAUGGUCCAACAAGGAGGCAUGA